UGAGGAGGGGGUGUUUGCAGAGAGGCAGCGGGGGAUGGGGGUGAGGCAGAUGGGAUGUCCAGCUCGUGUGUAUAAAAGCCCCAGCGCUCCUCAGUCGGACACCCUGUUGCUUCACUCCCUGCUCCCAGGCACCUUCGGCUCCACAGAGACAGUAAGAAGGAGAUAUAGUUAGAAAUAGAUAGUUAGCAAAAUUAGAGGCUGCCAAAUCUCAACCAUGAGCCACCCUUCAAUGAACCACCCUUCAGGACGCGCCUCCACCUCCUACCGCCGCACGUUCGGGGGCCCCAACCCCAUCUCGAUGUCCUCCUAUUCGCCUUCAUACUCCCGCAUGCCAAUGUCCAGCGGGCACUACAUGCGCUCCAUAUCGCCCGUGGUGCCCUCUCGCUCCUCCAACUACCACCACCAGCAGCGCCAGCGCUCCAGCACCCAGCCGCCCCGUCUCACCUACGAAAAGGUGGACUUCCAGCUGGCCGACACGGUCAACGCCGAGUUCCUGGCCACCCGCAGCAACGAGAAGGUGGAGCUGCAGGACCUCAACGACCGCUUUGCCAGCUUCAUCGACAAGGUGCACUACCUGGAGCAGCAGAACAGCGGGCUGCAGCAGGAGCUGAGCCAGUUCAAGGGCCAGCAGCAGGAGGGACAGCCCAACCGGGCCACCGAGCUCUUCCAGGAGGAGCUGAGGGAGCUGAGGCGCCAGCUGGACCAUGUGGGCAAGGAGAGGGACCAGUACCAGGUGGAGAGGGACAACCUGGCAGAAGACAUUCACCUUAUCAAACAGAGGUUGGUGACACGGAGGAGAGAGUGGGAGGGAGGGGUGGGGUGUUGAGGAUGUUUGGGGAGUGAGGGUUAAGGUAAGGGAGGGUUGUAGGAUGUUUGGGUAGUGCAUGGGUGCGUGGGUGACGUAGAAAGAUUUUGGGAAUAGGGUUGGAGUAAAGGGGGUUGGAGAAAGUUUUGGGGGGCAUGGAUAAUGUGGAAAGAUUUUGGGAGCAAGAAGUGGGGGGGAUUGUUUGGGAUGUACAUGAGUGAUGUAGAGAGAUUUUGGGAGGUAGUGGUGUUUGAAAAGGGGGAUGUAACGAUUGGGAGUGUAUUUCAGGAAGUUGGCAGAGGUAGCAGGGGACUAGCAGUUUUUUGGACUCUGAUGUUGAUAGACACAUUCUGGGCUGAGCCUGUCGGGGAGGGGACAGGGACAGGGUGUGUGACUGUGUACAGUCUGUGACUUUCACAUAAUCACCACCCUCCCCUCAACCCCCCUAAUCUUUAAACAUACCCUUACACCACAAUGUUCAUGGGCUGUAUUUUAAACACUGAUACAGGACAGGGGGUCUUUGGGCUCCAGCCAAAAACUCCAGACCAGCAGUGGUGGGCUGGCUGGGGUGUGGCACUUUAGAAGGAUGAACACAAAAGCACCGCAGCAUACUACCGCACUCUGUGCUUUACUGCAGUGUGUGUGUGUGUGUGUGUGUGUGUGUGUGUGUGUGUGUGUGUGUGUGUGUGUGUGUGUGUGUACACGCUAAAUGUCAUGGCAUUGGACAGGAAGGAUCCAACAUAAAACAAGAUGAAGUGCUUCAGCAUAUCAUAACCAAGCAAUGAAUGGAACACCAAGGAAAACAAGGCACUACAGUAUCAGAACAUUUCUACAUUGUCAGAACAUUUCUACUUGACCAUUUAUACAGUAUUUACAAACUUUCAAUGGACAUCUUAGCAUCUGUUUUAUUAAAUCAAACACAUUUCAUUAAAUGGAAGAUGAAACUUCCUGCAUGGAAUGUAAAUAUAGACAAUAACACAUUUAAUUUGAAAUUACACUGCAGUUCCAUCAGCCCUUUCAAACCAAACCAAAAUAUUUUGCUUUCAAACUCAAACUUGAGAAGAACCAGACAACCAGUUAUGGGAAACAGUAUUUUUCCCCAUUUGAGUUACUUAGAUUAUCAGAACAAUUUCUGUAGACAUACACUAGCUACAUGUAAACGCACAAACACUCCCCAUGUCAAUUCCCUGCCCCAGAGAGGGGGAGAGAGGACAGAAGUGGAGGAUGGAUAGACUGCGCACAAUGGAGCCAGGAAAGACAUAGGGAGGGGGAUGAGAGAGGGAAGAGGCAGUAGAGGAGGAAGAGGGGGAGGUGUAGGUGGGGAGAAAAAUAGCAUCUGGAAUAAUCAAUGUGACUCAAUGAGAGUGGCUCCAUUAGGGGAUGUUCAGUGUCCCCCUUGGCUGAUGGGACGGUGCCUGGGACCCCAUUAGGAAAAAAGGACCCCUGCGACAUGGCAUGAAUUAAAGAUGAGGUGAGGCAGCAAGCCCCACACAUGCAGUAAUCCCCUCCCCCACAACCAGCAAUCAAGUGACUGACCACAGGGACAACCAAUCCCCAGCGAGCCUGCUGUGAUUCCAUGUUAGAUACGGAGAGGACAUGGUGUGCACUGAAUGAUUUCAUUGGACUUAUGAUAUCAUUUUUUAUGACUCAUCACGACAGUGGAAGAGACACUCCCUGUUCUAUGACCCUGUCCUAUGAUGACUAAUACAAAACCAAAAGCUUUAUCAAGCUGUUUUAACCUAUUGGAAUAUCUAUUCAACCAGGCUUUAUAUUUUUACAGUUUAAAUCUGCUUAUAAAACAUUAUGUAUAUUUGACAUUUGGGAAAGCGAAGGCUUAGUCAGACCAGUCAGUAUACUAUUAGGCUUACAUAGUAUAGACUUUGGCAGCAGAAUGCCCAGAGCUAUCAGGCUUAAGACAGGGUGUGUCCAGAUGACCUCCAAGAAGGGGUGAUUAGUCAAAUUUGUUUAGUGUAGCAGCUGCUGACCCCAUUGGAUAUGCUCCCAAAUCCUUUUACAGGACAGUGAAUUACCAAAUUGAUCCAAAGGAUUUUUGCCAGCUGAUGCUUCUUUCUGAGGAGAAGGCCUAUGACAUCCAGCCAGACAUACUCGUGUUGCAUCCCAAAUGGCACCCUAUUCCCUAUAAAGUGCACAACUUUUGACCAGAGCCCUAUGUAGGGAAUAGCGUGCGAUUUGGGACGAAACCUCAGAUAGCACUUAUGCAAUUAGCACUGUGUUCCGUCCUGUCCCAAGGCUUCAGCUUCCUUUGUCCAGAGCUUGACUAAACCUAGACUAAAACCCAAGUAUUGUGAACGAUAUAAAAUUAGUUCUGAAGUGCCAUAAAGAGAUACAUAGGGUAAUGUGUGUUUAUUAACUACAAAGUUCUAUAAUAUAUGGUGUAAAAUAUUUAAUGAUUGUAAUGUGUAUUUCAUUUCCAUUCAUUUAUUUAUUCUAAGGUGGAGGUCUGAGGUUCCACAAAUAGAUAAUAUGAAUCUACAACAUUAAUUUCCAUAGGCCUAUGCAUGAUUGUAAUACAUAAUUUCUCCUUGUGUGUAUUUCCUUCUUACAGGCUGGAUGAGGAGAAUCAGAAGAGGGCUGAGGCUGAGAGCAACCUGCUUGUCUUCCGCAAGGUAAACACACCCUAGACUCAAACCAUCACAAUGUACACCAAAUCAAUAUUUUGGGCAGCGAGUCAAUAGUUGACGGUAAAAGUCUGAUUGAAUCACUCAGCCUGGAUAAUUACAUUUUACAUUUACAUUUUAGUCAUUUAGCAGACGCUCUUAUCCAGAGCGACAUACAGUUAGUGAGUGCAUACAUUAUUUUUUUUAUUUUUCAUACUGGCCUCCCGUGGGAAUCACAUUUGGCUCGCCGGUUGUGAUGUCAGAGCCCAACCCAAAGCUUCCCUUUCCUCAUAGCCCUGCAUAACAGUGACAUCUUCUGGUUGGCUGAGAUAGAGCUGAUUAUUAUGAUUACAUUACAUUUACAUUUACAUUUACGUCAUUUAGCAGACGCUCUUAUCCAGAGCGACUUACAGUUAGGGCAUACAUUAUUCUUUUUAAUUUUCAUACCCCAUGGGAAUCGAACCCUCAACCCUGGCGUUGCAAACGCCAUGCUCUACCAACUGAACUACCUCCCUGCCGGCCAUUCCCUCCCCUACCCUGGACGACACUGGGCCAAUUGUGCGCCGCCCCAUUGGUCUCCCGGUUGCGGCCGGCUACAGCAGAGCCUGGAGCCGGCCUGAGAACCCUGAACAGCUCUGAGAACCCUGAAAUCAUGGGUAUUCACUACAGAUGUAGGAUCUUAAUUUGAGCCAGUUUGCUACAGCAGGAAAAUAAUCCCGCAGCAACAGGAAAUGUGAAUUAUUAUGUGAAUUAUAAUUCAUGGACCUUUUUGUAGGGGUCGAUACAUUUUUCAUAACGGGAAAUCAAGUCUAAAAUGUCAAAGUGGAAGUUACAAACUUCAGAAGCCUUUUAAAUCUCAAAUACACUACACAUUUUAAAUGUCCUGCAUUGCAGGAAAGUUCUCCUGCAACAGGGUGAUCUAAUUAAGAUCCUACAUCUGUAGGAACCAAACAGAAACAAACAGACCAAAACAGCGAGGGACUAAUCUGAACUACUCCAAUAAGAAAUGCUUGUUUUCGUUACAAUUUGUUUUAUAUGGUUUGCACCAGUGUGCGCUAAUACAAACUAGGAUACGUAUGACAAAACACAAUAUUGAUAGCACUGCAUUGUGGAUAUAAAACCAUAUGCUAAAUGGCAUAUUAUAUAUUAUUAUAUUAUAUAUGCAUCCCACUCACUGUUAAGAGUUAUCGAAUGAAGCCAAUAAGAUUUGUUUAACCUGUUUGGGGGUUGAUUAAAUACUUACUAAUAGCAGUUUGAUCUGAAACCAGGAUGUGGAUGAUGCAACUCUGUCUCGCCUGGAGCUGGAGAGGAAGAUCGAGUCUCUGAUGGAUGAGAUUGACUUCCUCAAGAAGCUACAUGAUGAGGUAGAUGCCGCUGCUGAGAUGGUCGACCACAAAUCAUGGUCUUCAUAAUGAUCCAUGCAUCAUCAUACCUUUUUGGAUUCAACCUGCCAUUUAGAGGCCUUUUUUUCAACUAACGUCUCACUUGCUCUGCGGUCUUCUCAGGAGAUCCAGGAGGUGCAGGUGAGUUUCCAGACCCAGCAGAUGAAGAUUGAGGUGGACCAGACCGCCAGGCCUGACCUGACCGCUGCACUCAAGGACAUCAGGGCCCAGUACGAGAACAUCGCCUCCAAGAAUAUGCAUGAGUCUGAGGAGUGGUACAAGUCCAAGGUGAGGGGGGAACAAUGGACACACACACAAAAAUUGCACUACCUAACGACACACACACACUCAUGCACACAGAGUAACACCUGUUCUUAUUUGUGUGUUUGUUCUGUGCUCCUGCAGUUUGCUGACCUGACGGACUCUGCCAAGCGUAACACUGAUGCUCUGAGGCAGGCCAAGCAGGAGCAAAAUGAGCACAGGAGGCAGAUGCAGUCCCUCAACUGUGAGAUCGAUGCACUGAAGAGCACGGUGAGGCCUCACAGAACCUGCCUAUUUAUCUGUAAUCAUCUCCAGUUUACACUGGCUGAGUGAGCAACAAGAGUACAAUGAUCUCAGGCUUAGCCCAAAAUGCCAUGAAUCACCCAAGUGGGUCAUGCAUGUAAGUAGAGGAUGAUGCGAGUGAGCAAAUUCCUUCAUAAUUUCCUCCCACACAAAUCUCCCACAAUCAUCCUCCAGUGAUGGAAUACAGUGUCUUAUAAGCCCAUGUGGGCUGGGCAUCCUGAAGAUGCAAGAUACUCUAAUAAUAAAAUAAAAUCCCCCAUUUCCUCCUGCCCACACUGUAUGUAUGUGUGUAUUUUUCAGAACGAGGCUCUGCUGAGGCAGAUGCGUGAGAUGGAGGACCAGUUUGGCGUGGAGGCCAAUAACUACCAGGACAACGUGGUCCGCCUGGAGGAGGAGAUCCACCACCUGAAGGAUGAGAUGGCCCGCCACCUGAGGGAGUACCAGGACCUGCUCAAUGUCAAGAUGGCCCUGGACAUAGAAAUCGCCACCUACCGCAAGCUGCUGGAGGGAGAGGAGAGCAGGUGAGGAGGAUAAGGGUUAGGACAUCCUUACUCGCAUCUGAUUAUAAACACAUUCCGGAGCUAACCUAUUGCUUCAUUUCCCUUUAGGAUUAUGGUUCCCAUGCAUCCCUCCCAGUAUGGCCGUAGUGUCGAUAGGGGUGAGUUCCAUCAUAUUGCCAAUAAUAAUAGUCUUUAUCGCUUUAUUUAUUUCCCUCUCCAAGCAAAUACACAUAUACUUGCCAGUAUUAUCUUUAGAUUUAACAUAUCCAUAAUCUAUUACAUUUAUAUAAAUGAUCAUGCACAGUAUCUAUGUCACUAAAUCUGGCUUAUCCUCUCAUAGACUAUGACCAUACCCCAGACACCCCUAGCAGGAAGCCCGUGGUGAUUAAGACAGUGGAGACUCGUGAUGGAGAGGUAAACAUUCCAAAUAUUUCCUGGUAUCAAGAAAAUGUGUUCCAUACUUUCCAUGUCCACCUUGAUAUUCAUUAUACAGUGUAACUUCACUAUACAGCAUUUGCAGGAAGUGGUGUAAUUGGACUGAGGUCUGUUUCUCUUCUUCUCUUCCUCCAGGUGGUGAAGGAGUCAAAGAAGGAGAAGGAGAGGAGCGAGAGGGAUGGCAACCAUGACAGUAAUGACAGGGAUCAUGGCAGGGAUGACCACGAUGACUAG